UCCCAAUUGAAGCAGAGAGGGGUCGAGGGUUGAAGAAAGCAGUGAUGGAUGCAUCUUCAAGUUAUCUCAAACCAUGCUCAACAAGAGAGACGAAGAAAGCCAUGGAGGUCGUUGUGAAUUCAAAGCGGAAGGCCGAGUUCGAGCCUGAGGAGGAGGAGGAGGAGGAGGAGGAUGAAUGGGAAGAGAGCGAUGGUGAGAUUAGCGAAUCUGAGAUGUUACAGGCGCCUGAGUGGGAUGUAGACAGCUUCGAUGGUGUAGAGUAUUACUCCUCUCCGGAUGUGCAGCUUUCCACUUUAUCCGACGAAGAGGAGGCCAUAGAAGACUACAACAUCAUUAAACGCCAGCUUAUCGACAGCAAGGGUUUUUACGCUGAUCCAAACCGAAAGCAUAUCUAUCACUACAAAGGAAUCUGUCCAGUGGGUUUGGACCGGGUCGCACUUCCCGACAGAACGUUUCGUGAUUACUGGGAAGAGAUGGUUCAUGUCUGUCUCGAAAGACACAACCUAGACAAGGAUCCCAAGGUGGAGUUCGUUGAAGUCGUGAGAGGUCAUUAUCGCGGAGGACCCAGAUCCAAGUCAUACAUUACUUUUAUGGCCAGGGAGAAGCCAGAUGGGCCUCUUGUUGAGUAUCAAGCCAAGGCUAUGGUUACUCUUGAUAGAAAGAGACACCCCAUCCUGUGCAGACCCACUCCUCCUACACCAAACCCCCCUUAAAAAAAGCUUUAAGUUAUUAGUGGUCCGUGCAUGAUAAAAUCUUUUUACCCGCUCUAGACAUCCUUAAAGAUCUUCGGAUAGAUGUCUAUCGAGUCAAGCAGCACGUUCUGAUCAUGGGAGUAUUGUUAGUUAUAGUCACAAGUGUAAAUGCCUUUUACGGUUUGUUUUGGCAUUUUAUAGACGGUUUAAGCAGAAUCAUCAUCAAUUUUGUAUGACAUGUUGCGUUUUUUGACAUGUUAAUCUAUAUUAUAAAUGAUGAUUUUUUUUUUCUAAAGAAAGUUUAACAUGACCAGGAAAAAUGAUAAGCAACUAGCAUAAGAUGUAAAUCAAGAAAACAAACAACUUUCUAAUCCAUAGAGUUUACUACAUUCUUUCAGUGUCAUUCACCGACCUCAAUAACCAUUUGCAAAAGAAGUAGCAAAAUAUCCCCACAAAUCUUCUUAAAUCUACCAUUAGCUUAGCUAAUCAAAAUGUGGCCAAAAGAUUUUAAAACUACCAUCAGCUGGUAGAAACAAUCUA